AUGACCCAAACAGAGAACCAAACCAAGUCCAAACUAAGGAUAUUCAAGUCCCUGUGGUCCAAUUCCAAUAAACCCUCAAUUUCAUCAAACUGCUCCCUCUUCACUGACUGUGUUCACGUGGCUACAUCCAGAACCUGUGAGUAUCUUCUCUUCACAGACCCAGAUAAGAAGUUACAACCAAGUGGUGCAGCCUUGUGUGAGAUCUUCCUAAUGACUUACAUGCUGUGUAGCUUCCAGCUGAACCUUGCCAAUCCCUUCAGCUGCACGGUGAUGACUCAAGGACAGGCAGUGGGGACUGACUAGGUCUGGGCUGUGCUGGAUACACCCAAAAUCUGUAAAACGCCCAAAAUCCAGAUUACUGUUCAGGUCCUGCAUCAUUCAGAGAACACCCAGGAGAAUUUUGAGAAACAUUCCAGCAUACAGAUGGAGCCAUUUCUGGGGACCAUGGUGGAGUUCUGCACUGGAAUUGGGAGGAGCUGCUUUGCUUUGUUUCUCUUCUUUGGACCUAAGAAUCAUCCUGGGAACAUCUGAGGCCUGCUGAGUAACAACAUACAUCAAGUACUUGGGAAGUGUGUUCAAAUUGAUCAGGAAUUUAUUGAGGAGUUUUUCAAAGGGGCCAGGGGGUUUGUUACUGCUUCCAGGAUGUUGCAAGCGGUCAUUGGUAAGAAGGAUAAUGACCCUCUCACUAUGCUUGUCAAGUUCAUGUGA